CAGGUGGGGGAAAUGUCUGUACCAGGAUUCCAAAAAAUAAACUUCGGGACAUGUGAUAAUUACAUCCCAGUCAGUGAAUUAAGUAAAAAAUCAUGGAAUCAGCAACAUUUUGCCCUGGUAUUUCCCAAACCACCACGGCCAGGAACAAGAAGGAGAUCAAAACCUUCCCAACUACAAGACAAAACAGUUCCUAGAUGUGAUGAAGACAAAUUAAGGGGAGCUCAUAAACCACCAUUAUGGAUGCACCGUUCUUUAAUGAGAAUUUCUGAGAGACCAUCUGUUUAUUUAGCUGCUAGGAGGCAGCCUCCACAGAAACCAGCUCGACACUCCAGGGAGGAUGCUAAAGAUGCAGCAAAACCUUUAUCUCCAUCAAUAAUUAAGAAAAGUAAGGAAGACAAGAAGGACAAAUCAGAUUCAGAAGCAGAGUCCACAGUUUCAGAGGAAAAACUUAGGAAAGGUUCAAAGAAAGAACCAGGAGCUAAAGAAGAGAAAGCAGAUGCAAAGAAAGAUGUCAAAAUAGAGAAAAAAGGUUCAAAGAAGAGCAAGGAGUCAGUUACAGAAUCUGAAGAUGAAAAAGCAGGUGCAAUAAAAGGUUCUGAAAAAUACAAGCUAGGUUCAAAGAAGGACAACGACUCAGCUAUAGAAUCAGAAGGUGAAAAAGGAGAUGCAAAGCAAGACUCUAAAAAAAAUAAGAAAGGGUCAAAGAAGGGCAAGGAGUCUGAUACAGAAACAGAAGGUGAAAAGGGAGAUGCAAAGAAAGAUUCAAAGAAAGAUAAGAAAGGUUCAAAGAAGGGCAGGGAGUCUGCUACAGAAUUAGAAGGUGAAAAAGGAGAUGCAAAGAAAGAUUCCAAAAAGGAUAAGAAAGGUUCAAAGAAGGGCAAGGAGUCCAUUACAGAACCAGAAGGUGAAAAGAAAGAUGGAAAGAAGGAUAAGAAAGGGAGCAAGGAUUCAAAGAAACCUGGUGAGAAAGGAGAUGAAUCAAAGGACAAGAAAGAUUCAAAGAAGAAGGAGAGUAAAAAAGAUAAGAAAGAUGAAAAGCCCGGUGAGGCAGACAGUGAGUCAAAAGAUGCUGCCAAGAAAGAAAAGAAAGAUGCCAAGAAAGAUACUGACACAGAAUCUGCUGAGUCAAAGAAAGAUGCCAAGAAGGAUUCAAAGAAAGAUGCCAAGAAGGGCAAGUAG